AUGGCGGAGGCCGUGCGGGCAAUGGCACCGUCCUCUCUAAAGCUCCCCAAGCGGUUACUCGACUUUUUCGCUCGAUAUCCUCCCGAGGUAUACUCUGCCAAAGUUACCGGAGUGGCAAUACCUAUCACGCGCAAGGCAGCUAAAGAGGCCGCCAUCGCCAGGAAUGCUGAGAGCUCAGCAGCAGCAGGAGCAAAUGCCGAAACAUCAAACGAAGUAACACCUCCUACACCUACACCUCACUCUUCACCUGCCACGAACAGUUUCCCCCCAAAUCCAUUCCUGCCGCGGAAAAAUUUUGUCACUGGAAAAUGGGCGGGCGCAAGGAUUGGGCUCCGACGGCAAGCGGAGCUUGUUAAACUGGCGAAAGAAUGCCAAAUAGAAGAGUUAUUACCUCCUGGCCGCAAAUCGACCGCAUUCAAGCAGUCACGAUUGCUCGAGCGAGGACUCGCCGUGAGAGGUACUGGUGUAGGCCAAAAAGUAAAGGGACAUCAAUGGGAAAGGCAUGUGGGAGCUACUCUAGAAAAGAGGAGAACUGCUAUGGAGAAUAUGCCAGAGCUUAUCAACGAAUGGAAGAGGCGUGGUCAUGGCAGAGGCUGGAAGAAAUACCCGAAAUAA